CUCCCUCCCUCUCCCUCUCUCUCUCUCUCUCUCUCUCUCUCUCUGUGUGGAUCCAAAUUCCGUUGCAUAUACUACUAUAUACAAAUUCACAUACACGCAACCCGCAAAUUUAAUCAUCCCCACACAAAAUUGAUUACUGUUACAUACAUAUUCAUAUACAUCGUGUAUCUUCUCUCGAUAGCUCUGUCAUCGGGAUCGAUGGCAGCAUCGGAGCAAUUAAUGACCGCCGGCGGCAGCCACCGGUACAUGCAAAUGCAGACGACUGAUCCGUUGCCGUCGAUGACGUCAUCCUUCUUGUCGUCAGGUCUCGAGUACACCACUCGUGUUUUCGAGGAGCUGCCCAAGGCCAGAAUCAUAUCCGUCUCUCGCCCCGACGCCGGUGACAUCAGCCCCAUGCUUCUCACCUACACCAUUGAAUUCCAAUACAGACAGUUCAAGUGGCAGUUAGUGAAGAAAGCUCCACAAGUAUUUUAUUUGCACUUUGCAUUGAAGAAGCGCGCAUUUAUCGAGGAAAUUCAAGAAAAGCAAGAGCAGGUUAGAGAAUGGCUUCAAAACCUUGGGUUAGGCGAUCAAACAGCAGUUGUGCAAGAUGACGAUGAACCUGAGGAUGAGACUGCUCCUUUACAUCCGGACGAGAUCACUAGAAGCAGAGAUGUUCCAUCAAGUGCUGCUCUGCCUAUUAUUCGGCCUGCUAUUGGAAGGCAGCACUCCAUGUCAGAUCAAGCAAAGGUUGCAAUGCAAGGGUACUUGAAUCACUUCCUUAGCAACUUGGAUAUUGUGAACUCUCGGGAGGUUUGCAAGUUUUUGGAGGUUUCUAAGUUAUCCUUCUCAUCGGAGUAUGGUCCUAAGUUAAAAGAAGAGUAUGUAUUGGUGAAGCAUUUACCACGAAUUCCAAGAGAUGAUGAUCAUACAAAAUGUUGUUCAUGUCGUUGGUUCAGUUGCUGUAACGACAACUGGCAAAAGGUUUGGGCUGUUCUGAAACCUGGAUUUUUGGCCCUGCUAAAAGAACCCUUUGAUGCCAAGCCUUUAGAUAUUAUAGUUUUUGAUGUACUGCCAGCCUCGGAUGGAAAUGGAGAGGGCCGAGUGUCAUUAGCGACAGAAGUAAAGGAACGUAACCCUUUACGCCAUUCCUUCAAAGUAUCUUGUGGAGUCCGGAGCAUAAAGUUGAGAUCCAAGAGCAAUGCUAAAGUUAAAGACUGGGUUGCUGCAAUUAAUGAUGCUGGUCUUCGACCUCCUGAGGGGUGGUGUCAUCCUCACCGCUUUGGUUCUUUCGCUCCUCCACGGGGCUUGACUGAAGAUGGUAGUCAGGCUCAGUGGUUCGUAGAUGGUCAAACAGCAUUUGAGGCUAUUGCUUUGGCAAUUGAGGAAGCAAAAUCAGAGAUUUUUAUUUGUGGCUGGUGGCUGUGCCCAGAACUGUAUCUCCGAAGGCCUUUUCAUGCUCAUGCAUCUUCUCGGCUUGAUGCCCUACUGGAAGCAAAAGCAAAGGAAGGUGUUCAGAUUUACAUUCUUCUGUACAAGGAGGUCGCUAUUGCCCUGAAAAUCAACAGCGUUUAUAGUAAGCAAAAGCUUCUUGGCAUUCAUGAGAAUGUCAGAGUACUGCGUUAUCCUGACCAUUUUUCCAGUGGUGUCUAUCUCUGGUCCCACCAUGAAAAACUUGUCAUUGUUGAUUACCAUGUUUGCUUUAUUGGUGGCUUGGAUCUGUGCUUUGGGCGUUAUGACUCAUCUGAACACAAAGUGGGGGAUCAGCCUCCUAUGGUAUGGCCUGGGAAGGACUUCUAUAACCCAAGGGAAUCUGAACCUAAUUCUUGGGAGGAUGCAAUGAAAGAUGAAUUGGAUCGUCAAAAAUAUCCACGCAUGCCUUGGCAUGACGUUCAUUGUGCCCUUUGGGGACCACCCUGUCGUGAUAUUGCCAGACACUUUGUUCAACGCUGGAACUAUGCAAAGAGAAACAAAGCUCCGAAUGAGCAAGCAAUUCCGUUGCUCAUGCCUCAGCAACACAUGGUUAUUCCGCAUUACAUGAGUGGAAACAGAGAGAUGGAUGUCCAAACCCAUAAUGAAGACAAUCAUAAAGAGAUCAAAAGACAGGAUUCCUUUUCUUCUCUAUCAUCUUACCAAGAUGUUCCUCUGCUAAUGCCUCAAGAGGCCGAUGUGCUGGAUACUUCCAAUGGUGACUCAAAAUUAAAUGGGUUGGAUAAGAAUCACAACUUCCAUGAUCAGCCAAGCAAGGGAAGAAGUCCUUUCUCGUUCCGAAAGCCCAAAAUUGAGCGUUUUAUGUCAGAUAUGCCCCUGAAAGGCUUUGUCGAUGACCUCGGAACAUUGGAUUCUGGACGCAAGUUAUAUUCAGAUAUUCUGGUGUUGCCUGGCCCUAGAACUUCUGAUAAAGAAUGGUGGGAGACACAGGAAAGGGGUGAUCAGGUUGUCUCUGCUGAUGAAACUGGGCAAGUUGGUCCUCGUGUUACAUGUCAUUGUCAGGUCAUAAGGAGUGUCAGCCAAUGGUCUGCUGGAACCAGCCAAAUUGAAGAGAGCAUUCACAAUGCUUAUUGUUCUCUUAUUGAAAAGGCAGAACACUUCAUCUAUAUUGAGAACCAAUUCUUCAUAUCAGGUCUUUCAGGAGAUGAUAUUAUAAGGAACCGUGUACUAGAAGCAAUAUAUAGGCGUGUCAUGCGAGCAUUCAAUGAGAAGAAGUGUUUUAGGGUUGUUAUUGUCAUACCACUCCUACCAGGCUUCCAGGGGGGUGUGGAUGACAGUGGUGCUGCGGCUGUGAGAACUAUUAUGCAUUGGCAGUAUCGAACAAUAUGCCGAGGACAGUAUUCAAUAUUGCAUAAUCUUUCUGAUCUUUUGGGGCCAAAGUUGCAUGAUUACAUAUCUUUCUAUGGCCUUAGAGCUUACGGCAGACUUUUUGAGGGUGGUCCUGUGGCAACCAGUCAGGUUUAUGUGCAUAGCAAAAUCAUGAUAAUUGAUGACUGUAUAUCCUUGAUAGGAUCAGCUAAUAUUAAUGACAGGAGCUUGCUUGGAUCAAGAGAUUCUGAGAUUGGUGUACUUAUUGAAGACACAGAAUUUGUUGAUUCGUGGAUGGGAGGGAAGCCUUGGAAAGCAGGAAAAUUUGCUUCAAGUCUUCGCCUUGCCCUAUGGUCUGAACACCUUGGUCUUUCUGCCGGAGAGAUUAGUCAAAUAAAGGACCCCGUGGUUGAUUCAACUUACAAAGACAUAUGGAUGGCAACUGCUAAGACAAAUACCAUGAUCUACCAAGAUGUUUUUUCCUGCCUCCCAAAUGAUCUAAUACAUUCCAGAGUCUCACUGAGACAAUGCAUGACCCAGUGGAAGGAAAAACUUGGCCAUACUACCAUUGACCUAGGGAUAGCCCCAGAGAAACUAGAAUCUUAUCAAGAUGGUAAUAUCAAGGGCACCAAUCCCAUGGAGAGAUUAGAGUCAAUAAAAGGACAUCUUGUUUCCUUUCCUUUGGAGUUCAUGUGCAAGGAAGAUUUACGACCCGUGUUCAACGAAAGCGAGUACUAUGCUUCUCAAGUUUUUCAUUAGGAACAUCUUCAGAGUUACAACAGAAGGCUGCUAUGAUGAAGGCGGCAGAGCCCCGUUAUUGUGUCUAAGGUUGUAGAAGUGGAAGAAGAAAGAGGGAGGAAAGGAAGUCCUUAAAAUCGUCAUAGAAAUGGUGAAUAUCAGCGAACACCAUUUAAGAGACUAAUGGACUUGUCAAGCCCUUCAACUCAACGUUGAGAAAUCAAAUGGGUACGACUCGAAUAUAAUUUUCUUUAAACUAUCGAUUUUUUAGCUGAAAUUUCAGCAUCAUUGGUUUUGGGGAUGCAUGUCAGCAGCAGCUUUGGAUAUUUUUUGUGAGCCAAUGUUGCAGCUGAUCUAAUGGAAGUUCCCUGUAAUUUUGGUCGAUCAUUGUUGUAGUAAAAAAAUUCAUUUAUUCAGUCUUUCACGUAUAUGAAGAUAUUACACAACAAUUUUGAGCGACCUAACUUUUACGGAUGAGGUUGUAAAUCAACUUGGGUUCUAAUUAAACAUUACCAAGUAGGGAAAGGGCAUUCAAGGGGGGUUUAUAGAAGUUACUUGGCCAUAUAUUGUAAUGGAAAGGGCAUUGAGAAAGUUGUACUUUUCA